AUGGCAACCUCGACCGCCCCCGCGGCGGCGCCCUCGACGCAGGCCGUCGUGAACAUUGGCACGCGGCGCAGUCUGCUGGCGCGCGUGCAGGCGGACCUGGUGAAGGCGGCGCUGGAGGAGGCGUGGCCGGAGCGCAAGUACGAGAUCCAUGCCAUGGCGACCAUGGGCGACAAGAACCAGGUCACGCCGCUGCAUGAUUUUGGGGCGAAGAGUCUGUGGACGCAUGAGCUGGAGGCGUGGUUGGUGGAGCGGAAGCUGGAUCUCAUUGUGCAUUGUUUGAAGGACAUGCCAACCCAGCUCCCCCCGAACCUCAGCAUCGCCGCCAUCCUCCCCCGCGAAGACCCCCGCGACGCCUUCGUGCUCAAGGCCUCCCUCGCCGCAUCGCCCAACCCCCCAACCCUCGCAACGCUGCCGCCCGACUCCGUCAUCGGCACCUCCUCCGUGCGCCGCUCCGCGCAGCUCAAGCGCCUGUACCCGCACCUGAAGUUCGCCGACGUGCGCGGCAACGUCGGCACGCGGCUCGCGAAGCUCGACAGCACCGACCCGAACGAGACGCAGUACAGCGCGCUGAUCCUGGCGGCGGCGGGGCUGAAGCGCCUCGGGCUGGGUGGGCGCAUCACCGCGCUGCUCAGCAAGAAGGAGGGCGGCAUGCUGCACGCGGUGGGGCAGGGCGCGCUGGCCAUCGAGACGCGCGACGACGACGCGAACACCAAGGCGCUGCUCUCGCGCGUCGGCUGUGAGCGCACCGCCCGCGCCACCCUCGCCGAGCGCAGCCUUAUGCGCACGCUCGAGGGCGGCUGCUCCGUCCCCAUUGGCGUCGAGACGGAGUGGGCCCCUGCUGCUGCUGCUACCUCGACCGUGGGCGUCCAGCCCGCCGCCGAGUACGACCAGGCGGGCAACCCAGUCGGGGGCGCGGCCGCGCCGCAGGAGUCGAACCAGCUGACUAUGCGCGCCGUGGUUGUGAGUCUGGACGGGAAGGACGCGGCUGAGGUGGAGCUGACGCGCACGAUUGUGACGCGCGAGCAGGCCGACGAGUUUGGGCGCGAGGUGGCGGCCAAGUUGAUCGAGAGGGGCGCGGCUAAGAUCCUCGAGGCGAUUAAUCUGAACCGCGAUAUUGUGGAGAAGCAGGCGGGGGGUGCGUAG